CAUCUUAUUUCAUUCUACACUGAACCGGCUUUUCACCUUACAAAUAAAUCGCUGCGCUAAAGUGGACGAGCCUUAAUUAGCAGGAGAAAACGAUGGACCAGAAGGACGCCGGAGCUCCCGUACUAUCGAACCGGGUUCAGAUAAACGGAAUUUCCGUUCCGUUGACUCUGACUGCCGGAGGACAACUCCGAUGGCCUGACCGGUGUUUAUCAAUUGAGAAAGAUGUCCUAGGGUUCAUCAUCGAAGGUUCUCGGAUCAAAAUCAACGCUGUCAUUGAGAGUGGAGCUGGAAUUUGCUGCGGUGGUGACGGCGGAGCUCCGUUGAGGAAGACUUUCACUUUUGAGCCAUUAUCUGAGGAUUCUCUUCGGCUUUGGAAACAAAGACUCCACGCAGUCCUCGAUUCACUCGGUCGUCCUAAGAGACUUUUUGUACUUCUGAAUCCAUAUGGAGGAAAGCGAUCUGCAUCAAAGAUAUUUCUUGAUGAUGUAAAGCCCCUACUUGAUGAUGCAAAUAUUCACUACACACUGCAAGAAACUAAAUAUCGGUUACAUGCAAAGGAAGUCGUUCAUUCAUUGGAUCUUUUGAGCUACGACGGAGUUCUUUGUGUCAGUGGGGAUGGAAUUUUGGUUGAGGUAGUGAAUGGACUACUUGAAAGGGAGGAUUGGAGUUCUGCAAUAAAGAUGCCUCUUGGAGUAAUACCUGCAGGCACUUCAAAUGGGAUGGCAAAAUCUCUUCUAGAUUCUGUCGGUGAAUCUUGUACUGCAUUUAACGCAACUCUUGCUAUUAUUAGAGGGCAUACAAGAUCACUAGAUGUAGCUACAGUUUCACAGGGGCAGAAAAGGUUUUUCAGUGUGCUAAUGCUUGCCUGGGGUCUUGUAGCUGAUAUAGAUAUAGAGUCCGAGAAGUAUAGAUGGAUGGGUAGUGCUCGAAUGGAUUUUUAUGCAAUACAGCGGAUAUUUCGUCUUAGAAGGUAUACUGGCUGUAUAAAAUUUUUGGCUGCACCAGGGUAUGAAAAUUUUGGAGAACCACUUGAACUUGAAGGUGAAAUUAAUGAGCUUAACUCGAAUCGGGUUCAGCAAAAUUGCUAUUGUGGUCCGGCUUUUGACAUGAAGGGUUUCAACCGCAAGAUUGAGGGGCCUUUCGUCUCAAUCUGGCUUCAUAAUGUUCCUUGGGGAGGUGAAGAUGUUCUCGCAGCACCCGAUGCCAAGUUUUCAGAUGGUUACUUGGACUUAGUUGUGAUGAAAGAUUGCUCAAAGUUAUCCUUGCUGACGUUGAUGAGUGAGUUAAAUAAAGGAGGUCAUGUUAGAUCACCGCAUGUCUUGUACUUGAAGGUAAAGGCUUUUGUUUUAGAGCCUGGUCCACGAUCAGAUGACUCAAACAAGGAAGGGAUUAUUGAUGUAGACGGUGAGGUCCUUGCCAGAGGUAGAGGAACUUACAAGUCUGAGCAGAGGACAUUGAUGGCCUAUGACAAGCUCCAUAUUGAAGUAGAUCAAGGGUUGGCUACAGUAUUUUCACCUGUCUGUUAAUUUUUGUCUGGUUCAAUUUAUUCACCGAAAGAGAAAUUAGUUCUAGCUGGUGGUUUCUGUAUAGAAUGAUGGCGAAAGAGGGGUUAAAUGAAGGAAGCAUAUGAAUCUAUUUUUUUCUUCUUUUUUGGGGUGUGGGGCUGUGUUGCUUCUGAACUUUGUCUUGAGCGCUUUUGGAGCUUACAAGUGGACUGAUCUUCACCUAUACAACAGGCCAUCCCCCCUCUCCCCUACAAGAACUGAGUUCAGUGCUAAUUGUGUACAGAUUUUCCCAAGGUGGAGUUGGGAAUGUUGCCAUUUUAUUCUUGUGACUCCGGCAUAUCCGACUGUAGACGACAAAUCAUUGUAGACUAUUUUUGACUGUAUGAAUCUAAUUAUUUCACUCUGCCGCUGGUUGUGAAAUGAUAUCGUUUGUGAA